UUACUGCAGAGAUACACUAACCACUCUGCUUGUGUGUGCUUGUCUCUAGGAUGUCUCCAGGACUCAGCUGGACCCGGCUAAUGAGCAGAUCCUGACCAUUAUCACCUAUGCUGGCUGCGGAAUCUCCUCAUUGUUCUUGGGGAUCACUGUUCUCACCUACACGGCUUUCGAGAAGCUUCGUCGAGAUUAUCCCUCUCAGAUCCUCCUCAACCUCUGCCUGGCACUGCUGGGCUUGAACCUGGUCUUUCUGGUCAACUCCUGGCUGUCCUCUUGGGGUAUCCAUGGCCUCUGUGUGGCCGUAGCAUUCACGCUGCACUACUUCCUCCUGACGUCAUUCACCUGGAUGGGAUUGGAGGCCAUUAACAUGUAUUUUGCACUUGUGAAAGUAUUCAAUGUCUACGUGCCCUCUUACAUCCUCAAGUUCUGUGUUCUGGGAUGGGGAAUUCCUCUGGUAAUCUGCAUCCUGGUGCUCACUGUGAACAGAGACGCCUAUGGAAGUCACCUUCAGCCAUUGGACAACUCUGACAGCUUCUGCUGGAUCCAGGACAAUGUGACUUUUUACGUGUCUGUAGUUGCCUAUGCCACGCUGGUCUUUCUCUUCAACAUUGCGGUUUUUGUGGUGGUUCUGAUGCAGAUUCGGCACAUGCGAGCCAACAGACCGGCUGGGACCCGCAGCGGGCUGAUGCAUGAACUGAAGGGAGUUGCCAGUCUCACCUUGUUACUAGGACUAACAUGGACUAUUGGCUUCUUUACCUGGGGACCAGCCAGAAUAUUUCUGCUGUACCUUUUCUCUGGACUCAACAGCCUGCAAGGUGUCCGCUAA